UUACAGUUAACCUCUCUUUCUCUCGCCAAACACAGUGUAUAUCCUUGUGGCUAAAAAGGUUGUGCCCUGUUUGCACCUGAAGAAAGAAAGAUAAAGAAGAAGAUAAUAUAUUAUGGGUGAUUGCAAGCCUUUAGGUUUCUUGAUUGGGUUACCCUUUGCUCUUGUUGCUUUGGUUUUGUCUCUUAUCGGUGCUGUUAUUUGGGUUAUUGGGACUGUGCUGAGCUGCCUCUGCCCUUGUUGCAUUUGUUUUGCUGGACUGGCAAAUUUUGCAGUGAGCCUCGUGAAGCUUCCCGUGAAAGUCAUGAGAUGGUUUAUUGAUCUGAUUCCAUGUUGAUUUCUUUCAGCCAUAGCUGGGCUUCCCAUUCUUUUUUCAGAUUUGUUUUGAAGAACAGUGCAGGAGUUUUAAUAAUUGACAGUAGCUGUAAUUAGUGACUUUGCAACAAUUCAUUAUUUUUAUUUGAAUGAUUAAUCAGUACAGUUUAAUGGGGUUGUGGGAAACGGUUGUUGUGCACUCAGGGGAUCAUGUCGUCCUAUAAUAAUAGAUUUCCAUUAAUUCUCUUCACCA